AUGUCUAGCAAAACCCAAAACCCUAUGCGUGAGUUGCGUAUCGAGAAAUUAGUCUUGAACAUUUGUGUUGGUGAAUCCGGUGAUAGAUUAACCAGAGCCUCAAAGGUUUUGGAACAAUUAUCUGGUCAAACCCCAGUUCAAUCAAAAGCUAGAUACACUGUCAGAACCUUCGGUAUUAGAAGAAAUGAAAAGAUUGCUGUUCACGUUACUGUCAGAGGACCAAAAGCUGAAGAAAUCUUGGAAAGAGGAUUGAAAGUCAAGGAAUAUCAAUUAAGAAACAGAAACUUUUCAGCCACCGGUAACUUUGGUUUCGGUAUUGACGAACACAUUGAUUUGGGUAUCAAAUAUGACCCAUCUAUUGGUAUUUACGGUAUGGACUUUUACGUUGUUAUGGGAAGAGCCGGUGCUAGAGUUACCAGAAGAAAGAGAGUUAGAUCUACCAUUGGUAACAACCACAAGACCAACAAAGAAGACACUAUCCAAUGGUUCAAGACCAAGUACGAUGCUGAUGUUUUGGACAAAUAA